UCCCCUCUCAUCGCUACCCAAAGUAUUCUUCACGAAAUCCACAUUCACUGACCAAAUGUCUAAAGCGAUUGAAGGCAUACCGAAAGGCACGAGUCUAUGGGAGGCCCGCAAACUGGUCAACGAGAAUCUCAAGCCAUUUGUUUCCGAUCAAUUCAUUCGUGGAUUUUUUUUGAUGAGUUUAGACAAGAACUCCGAGACAUCACAACUGUUUUGGAGAUUUAAUUUACAGGCAAUUAAAAGUCCAUUCACUGGACAGACAUUUCUAAUUCACGGACAGAAUUCAGAAUAUGUU